AUGGCCACUAUCAAGCAAAUUGAUGGUCGCAGUGUUCAUCAGAUUCAAUCUGGUCAGGUCAUUGUCGACUUGUGCUCCGUUGUAAAAGAGCUGGUCGAAAACAGCGUCGAUGCUGGCGCUACUACCAUUGAUGUCCGGUUUAAGGACCAGGGCCUCGAUUCCAUUGAGAUUCAGGAUAAUGGCUCCGGCAUUUCGCCAGCCAACUAUGAAUCUGUGGCGCUAAAGCACCACACCUCAAAACUGUCAACCUACUCGGAUAUUGCCAGUCUUCACACCUUUGGCUUCCGCGGAGAAGCGCUGGCGUCAUUAUGCGCUCUGUCCACAGUCACAGUAACGACUUGUCUCCCUCAAGACGCACCCAAAGGUACUAAGCUUACCUUUGAGUCAUCCGGGAAGCUCAAUUCGACUUCCAUUAUCGCGGCCCAAAAGGGGACAACUGUUGCCGUCGACAAGUUGUUUCAUAACUUGCCAGUUCGUCGACGAGAACUAGAGCGCAACAUCAAGAGAGAAUGGCACAAGGUCAUUGCGCUGCUCAACCAGUAUGCUUGCAUUCUGACGCAGGUCAAGUUUUCAGUCUCCCAGCAGCCGACCAAGGGCAAGCGGAUACUUUUGUUUUCUACCAAGGGAAAUAUGACGACCAAAGAUAACAUCAUUAAUAUUUUUGGUGCCAAGACAAUGACAGCCCUAGUAGCGUUGGAUCUGAAACUGGAAAUCCAAUCCACUGCCUCUGCUCUGAGCAUGACCACCGCCGAGGCUGAUGCAUCCAAAGAUGUCCGCGUCCUUGGCCAUGUUUCCCGUCCUGUUCACGGCGAAGGCAGACAGACGCCUGACAGGCAAAUGUUCUUCGUCAAUGGGCGGCCUUGUGGGCUUCCCCAGUUUGCCAAGACCUUCAAUGAAGUCUACAAGUCUUACAAUUAUUCUCAAUCGCCCUUCAUAUUCGCAGACAUUCGAUUGGAUACAAACAUGUACGACGUCAAUGUGAGCCCAGAUAAACGGAGCAUCCUAUUACACGACCAAAACCACUUGUUGGAGAGCCUACACUCUGCCCUUGUUGAGCUAUUCGACCAACACGACUACACAGUACCAGUUGCGCAAGCAUUUUCUACUCUCAAAAGGUCCGCCUCAAAAUCUACAGUUGCAAACCCUUCUCCAGCGCAUAGGCCAAUUUCUAGACAACAAAUACAGUCUGAGGAGUCGGAGGAGUCGGAGGAGUCGGAUGUGUCAGCUGCAGAUGAUGACUCCCAACUCUCUGAUGAGCAUGGGGAAACAACCUCAGCCGCCAAAAAACCCGCCCCUAUGACGCGCAGCACUGGAGCGCAGAGUUUGAUAAGCCGCUGUGUCUCUAAUACGGCGAGCUCACCCGCGGCAAAGUUACAGGUCGCGACUCCGCAAACUAGCAUCAGUGCUCGAUUUGGUAGACAGAGUGACGAGGUGUCAAAUAGUGCCAAGGCUAUUCGGGUGCGCGAUUUCAAUGAACGACUUGCAGAACACGCACCCAGUGGACCGGCGACAACUUUGCUGCCGGGCCAAGAUGGCAUUAUGGGACAAGUACGAUCUGCUUCUCCGGAAGCCUCUCCAGAGCCCCCGAUACCUGCGACACAGCCUAUGAGACUAGUGGAUGAUACGCCACGAACGAGGACUUCGCGAAGCCUGAAACGGGCCAUUACGGAAACAAUCUCAGUGACCAUCGGUGCUUCACCACAACGGAAUAUCAUCAUUUCCCCAUCGAAGAGGCGAAAGACGGAAAGCAUCGCAAGUGAAGAUGACGACGACGGCGACGAGGCUAUGCUGUCUGAUGACCAAGAUACUCACCAAAACGCGUCGGCAAAACGACAAGUCGGAGAUUUGUUACAAUCACAACGCAGUGAGGAAGAGGAAGUAAACUCUGAUUCUGAGCCAGAACCAAGAGUCACCGCCCAGCUGGAACUUACAGAAGAAGAGGAUGAGGAACUACAAGUAUCAGAGCAAGAGAGUGAGAUAGCCAUGCCGUCUGACGCUGAUAUUGAGAGCUUAGAUGGGCAUCUUGACACGGCAGAGGCUGCCAAUAACGAUGAAGACGUCGAUGAUGCUCCAGAAAAGGAGACAUCGGUGACAGAGUUGAAACGAAAUGACCUGCUUCAGCCAACUGCUCGUCGGAAGGACAGCACCGUAAGCUUAUUACAACAACUUGACAUAGGUCCGGAGCUCCUCCGUGCCCAUACCGACAGCUACAAGAACAACGCCCUGAGAAUAUCGACCACGAAUGCAAACAUGGAUUCAGUAGAAGACAUCAGUGCCGCAGAUGCCGAGUCAAGGCUGCAACUCAUCAUCUCGAAAGAAGACUUUGGCAAGAUGCGCGUUGCCGGACAGUUCAACAUGGGAUUCAUCAUUGCUGUUCGUCCGCGCGCUUCCAACUCCAAAUCACCAAGUAAUGGGAGUGACUCUAGCAAUGACGAGCUAUUAAUUAUCGACCAGCAUGCAUCGGACGAAAAGUACAACUUUGAGAGACUACAGAGCUCUACUGUUGUGCAAUCACAGCGGUUGGUACAUCCAAAAACGCUAGAGCUGACUGCGCUGGAAGAGGAGAUUGUCAUGGAGAACCUCCCAGCAAUCGAAGCCAACGGCUUCAAAAUCCUCGUCGACACAUCCGGAGACUCCCCCGUUGGCAGCCGCUGCAUGCUAACGGCACUACCGCUCAGCCGCGAGACGGCCUUUAGCUUGGAAGAUCUCGAAGAGCUCAUCGCUAUCCUCGGUGACGCGCCAAGCGGCGGCGGCGGCGGCGGCAUCGGAGGCAAUACACAGAUUCCACGGCCUACCAAAGUUCGCAAGAUGUUUGCCAUGCGGGCCUGCCGCAGCAGCGUCAUGAUUGGCAAGGCGCUGACAACGAGCCAAAUGUACGGGCUGGUGCGUCAUAUGGGCGAGCUCGACAAGCCUUGGAACUGCCCUCACGGCCGGCCCACGAUGCGACACUUGUGCAGGCUACAGGCGUGGGAUGAUCACGGCUGGAAGGGCGAUACGGUGCUGAGCUCGAUUGCGCGGUGGCGGGCAUUUGCGCAAGAGGGAGAGUGA